ACCUCUAUAAAAUCUAUGUUAAAUAUCAACAAAAAGAUCACACAUACACAGACCACAAGUAGUAAAACCAAUAUAAAAAUGACAAACAUCUUACUCUCUACAUUCAUAUUCUCCAUUCUUUUACUCAUCUCCACCGCGACCGCCGCAACAUUCGAGAUCAUUAACCAAUGCGGUUACACCGUAUGGGCUGCCGCAAGUCCUGGAGGGGGCAGGCGUCUAAACUCAGGCCAGUCGUGGGCACUAAAUGUUCCGGCUGGAACGUCUAUGGCACGGAUCUGGGGUCGGACCAACUGUAACUUUGACUCCUCGGGGCGUGGCCGAUGUGAAACAGGUGACUGUACUGGUGGACUUCAAUGUACCGGUUGGGGGCAGCCACCAAAUACGUUGGCUGAGUAUGCUUUGAACCAGUUCAACAACUUAGACUUCUACGACAUUUCACUUGUCGACGGAUUUAACAUUCCUAUGGAGUUUAGCGCAACCAGCUCAAAUUGCAAGCGGAUACUAUGCACCGCAGACAUAAACGGACAGUGUCCUAACGUGUUAAGAGCGCCUGGCGGUUGCAACAACCCGUGCACGGUUUUUAAGACGAACGAGUACUGUUGUACAAACGGGCAGGGAUCAUGUAGCCCCACAGGCUACUCAAAGUUCUUCAAAGAUAGAUGUCCCGACGCCUACAGCUAUCCACAAGAUGACCCGACCAGCACUUUUACUUGCAGUAACACUAACUACAGGGUCGUGUUUUGUCCAACGGCUAGGCUCGGUGCUACUGGGACGGACCAGCUCCCCAUCCAGAUGGUCACUGAGGAGAAUUAAUAAAAAGACGAGUCUCCAUUGUAUGUAUGUGUGCAUGAGUGUGUACGCGUGACUAUCACGCUUAAUGAAUAAUUAUGAAGGCAAUAAUAAUCACAUUCGAAAAAAUAAUUUGUGAGACCA